AUGCCUGCCCAACCCAAGAUUCAUUUGGUCCGUCACGCUCAAGGCUUCCACAACCUGGGCUCUGAAUUCCACUCUCUUCAUGACCCCCACCUUACGCCUCUGGGAGAAUCGCAGUGCGCCAACCUCCGAGAACGGCACUGGUCUCCCGAACGCCAGCAGUCACUGUCGCUGAUCACCGCGUCGCCCCUCAAGAGAACCCUCCACACUGCUCUACUCACGUUCUUGCCAGCCUUGACAGCCGACGCCAAGUGCAAGCCUACCAUUCUCGCGGUUCCCGAUGCCCAAGAAACCUCCGAUUGUCCCUGUGACACAGGCUCCGACGUCAGUAUCCUGCAAACUUUCUGCGCCGAGCAGAAGUGGCCCGUCGACCUUUCGCUUGUGACAGAGUCAUGGAACGUCAAAACACUGAACGGCCGCUACUCUCCGUCAAGCGAGGCUAUCCAAGCCCGUGCAAGAGACUGCCGCCGUCUGCUCCGCCAAAAGGCUCGCGAAUUGGUAGAGAGUGGAGACGAAAACGUCGAGAUCGCCCUGGUGACGCACGGUGGCUAUCUUCACUACCUCACAGACGACUGGGAAGACGCCACCAAGUUGUUUGGUACUGGCUGGGAGAACACCGAAUACCGCACGUACCACUUUGAGCACGCAUUCGACUCGGACUCGGACGAGGAGGCGUUCUUGAUGGAGACCAUGGAGAGCCGGAAACGCAGAGGCGUAGAACACCCGAUGUUGGACCACGGCAAGCAAAAAGAACUGUUUCAGAAAAUGGUGCAAGGCUGGGAGGGACAGGGCCUGCAGAAUCCGAGCAAACUGUCUUCUGUGGGAGAUGAAGAGAUCAUCGAGGAGCAAGAGAAGUCUGGCCAAGACCCGGCGGAUGCAGAGAGACAUGUCGCAAUUGCGGAUGAAGUGCAACCUCAACCAGCCAGUGUGCAGGUGAUGGCUUAA